CCUGACGGUCACUAGGACCCAGAGGAGAUCCGCAGCAGCGCGGAGACGCACCAUUAUGGCGGACCGAAACACAGACGCUGAGGGGAAGUUCUACAGUGAAAUUUUAAGUCCGUCGGAGCUGUUUGCAGCCCGAUCCCGGAGUCACAAAAUCCCCGUCAGAGGACAGAAGGACUUCGUCCCCGAUGGCUCAGACGAGCAGAAGCAGCGACUCGAGCAGAGUCUGGAUGAACACUGGAGCCUCCUCUCAGAGGAGAGAGUGGAGAGGCUAUGUUGUGUGUCUGCUGGAGUCGGGUUGUUUCCUGACGUUAGAUCGUCGCCGUCUGUUUGAAUUUUACUGCAGGGGAAACCUCGUGAAGGGCGACUGGAUUCCAAGCGAGCAGAUUGUGGAGCUUCGGUCUCCAGCUGGGAAGUUCUGGCAGACGAUGGGCUUCUCUGCAAAUGGCAAACAGUGCCUGCUCCCCGAGGAGGCGCUCUACCUGAUGGAGUGUGGAAACCUGCAGGUGUUUUACGAGGACCUGCCGCUCUCCAUCCAGGACGGGUACGAGAAGUUCCUGUCCACCAGCACCGUGAGCCUUCGGCAAUAUCAGGUGUUCGCGCAUUUGAAGAGGCUCGGCUAUGUGGUGCUCAGGUUUGAUGCCAGUUCGAAGCCGUCGUCUUAUGCGAGGCAGCUGAACCUGCCGCAGUCACGUGACCGAGCGGAGAGGCAGCUGAAGAGGAAACGCAGCGUCAGCCCCACCCCGUCCUCCAGCUGCACUGCAACAUGCAGUCGAACUGAAGCUCAAGAAGAAUCCUUCACUGAGAAAAUGGAGGAGGAUAAAAAGCUUCCCGAGCCUCUGGGGGCCCACGGUCCAGCGGAUGAAGGCGGGGGCAGGACCUGGUGGAUGACGGAUGUUUUCUGGGAAUCUGACAAAGAUUCAGGCCGCAGCUCCAAAUCUGGCUCCUCGUGCUGGGACUUCAGCUCCAUCUCUUUCCCUGACCUGGGCUCCACCUCCAGAGAGCACCUCCCAGGUUCCCUGGCCCCUCCCGACCCGUCUCUGCUGCCCCGGGAUUUGUCUGUGGGAUCCUGUGACAUUGCUCCCUGGAGGCGGAAAAUAAACCUGCGGCAGGUGAAGAUGUCGGCGAAGGAGCGGAAGAGGGAAGAGCGCAGGCGGCGGUGGGACGUCAACAAAAACAGAGAGGUACGGCGGUGCAGAAACUGGGCGGAGUAUCAGGAACUGAUGGUGAGGCGGAAGGGGAAGCGUGAAGGUCGACCAGCACACCUGUGGAACAGGGAAGUCACACCUUUACAUGACCCAACACAGCCAAUCCCCACAGGGAAGCUGUUGGACAAAAUCAGCAUCAUUAAAUCCACUCAUUUGCUGGAGGGAGUGUCCAGGUUAAAAGGUGCGGACGAUUGGAGGAUCUGUUUCAAUGUUUACCAGCCCGACACGGUGGCCGACUUCAAGAAGAGCAACCCGGGGAAGCCGUACUCACGCAUGUGUGUGUGCAGUUUCGAUGAUCCCGUUCCCGACCUGCGAGCCGUCAAGCUGCUGGCCAAUCAGAGCGGAGACAUCCCAGUGGUCGUAGCUGUGGUGGACUACGGAGACAUAUCCUUCUACACCUUCAAAGACUUCCAGCUCCCCACAGACGUUUACCCCUAAACGCUCUUCCAGGACUUUUUAAAUAAAGUGGCUGCAUGUGUAAAGGUCUUUGAUGGGGUUUAUGGUGGUUUUAGAAAAAAAGAACAAGUGGGUGCAGAUCAGAAAUGUCUGGCAAUGAAAAAGGGUCGGAUACCAUUCGGCCCUGGUUUACUUCCAAAGGCACUGUUGUUGAUCCAUAAGAUCUCUUUCAGGCUUUCUCUUGUAGUAGGACAAAUCAGGACAUUGUUGGAAUAAAUUUAACAGUAUUUAAAAACACAAACACACUACAAAAAGUGUGACUCAGAAGUCCCCUAUGAUGAAAACAAGGGAUCAGGAAACUUCGUGGUAUCUCCGGCUCCACCCCAGGAGCCAGGACUGCGGGAGGAGUUUUUCUGAGAGCGCCUGGUAGCUGGGCCUUACCCCAUGAGGUCCUACUUGGUGGACUGGGCAGCAGUCAAAGGUGGGUGUUCAAUCCCUGGCUGCUCAGACUGGCUUUAGGGAUGUGGAAUUUUACCUAGAGAGAGAUUCCCACCCUCAUCUGUGGCUGUGAACUGUUGUAGGGACCGGAUGAAUGAGAUCGCAGGUAUAACUGACAGAAAUGAGCUUCCUCCAAAGGGUGUUGCGGCUUUCCCCUAGAGAUAGGAGGAGGUGGAGGAGGUCAGAGUAGAGCUGCUACUCCUCCACAUGGAGGGGAAUUUUCAGCCUGCUCCUCUGCCCACAGAUUUCUUUAGAUUUUUCAGAAUUUUUUAAUCACAUUCUUACUGAUUACAGUUUUACUUUGAGGGACAUUAUUCUGAAGUUAUUCCACAAUUUCUAGGCUCAGUUUUUUGCAGAUUAGCAAACCUCUGCCCAUCUUCUGAGAAACUCUGCCUCUCUAAGAUGCUCUGUUUAUACCCAAUCAUGUUACUGACCUGCUGCCAAAUAGCCUGAUUAGUUGCACAAUGUUCCUCCAGCUGUUUCUUUUUAAUUACACUCACUUUUAGAGCCUUUUGUUGCCACAUCUCAGCUUUUUUGAGACUGUUGCUGCCCUCAAAUUCAAAACGAGCUAAUAUUUUUCAUGCAGUGGUAUAUUUUUUCAGUUUAAUAAUGUGAUUUGUUUUCCAUGUUCUGUUGUGAAUAAA